CUCUCUCUAUCGGUUAUGUUUACUCCCUCCCUCUCUCCCCCUCUCUUAAUCACUUUCUUUCUCUCCUCCCUCCCCUUCUCGCUUUCCAUCCUUAUGACGUCACUACCGGUCCAGGCCUUCCUUCAUGUCAACCAGUUCCUCUCCAAAAUGACAACGCUGGAAUCAAUGAACCGUUUUGUCAGCCCUAUCAACCCUGCUGUCUUCCCCCAUUUGACGGUGGUGUUGUUGGGGAUUGGAAUCUUCUUCAUGGCUUGGUUCUUUGUAUAUGAAGUCACAUCAACCAAAUUCUCACGAGAUAUCUACAAAGAGCUUCUGGUAUCAUUAUUUGCCUCUGUUUUCAUGGGUUUUGGUGUUUUGUUCCUGUUACUCUGGGUCGGAAUAUAUGUAUGACAUUUGGACAGAGAUCAUUCUGAUGGAUGGCUGAUAGACUGGAGUGAAAAACAUUCAACAAAAUUCAUUCAAUAAAAUCUAUACUGUUUCUACAUA